GUCUGAUCUACGGAGUACUUACACCAUCUUCACAACACAUAUUAAGGUUGACUGCGGAUGAUGCUUAGCACACGGACAGUAAUCAGAAGAAUACCCCUACCUCGAGCUCACGCCAUUGAUUUCCGACGAACCAUGAGCUCUCAGGAUAAGAUUCACUUUGGGCCCUUCGAGGUCACCAGCCAGGUCUUCUUCAAAACGGCCCACUCCUUCGCCCUGGUCAACCUCAAGCCUCUCCUCCCAGGCCACGUCCUCAUUUGCCCCCUGAAGCCUCAUAAGCGGCUGACGGACCUCCCUCCGGCCGAGGUGACGGACCUCUUCACCACGACGCAGCUGGUGCAGAAGAUGCUGGCCCGCCGCUACUUCCCUUCGUCAUCGUCGUCGUCGGCGCCGGCGUCGCCGGAGGCCGGUUCCUUCAACAUCGCCGUACAGGACGGCGCAGACGCGGGGCAGACGGUGUCGCACGUCCACGUGCACAUCAUUCCGCGCAUCCCCGGCGAGACGGGCAAAGACAGGCCCGGGCCGAGGGACGAGAUCUACGAGCAGAUGGCCGGCGAGGAAGGGAACGUGGGCGGUGCGCUGUGGGACAGGGAGCUGGGGAAGAGGCCCGAGACUGGAGGGCAGUUUGCGAGGAUCGAGGAUGCGAUGAGGAAGGCGAGGACUAUGGAGGAGAUGGUCGAGGAGGCGAAGUCAUAUCGGGCCUUGCUGGAAGAGAUGGGCGCUAUCGGCGAAAGGUAGGCAACACUGGAGUAGAGGAAGCAUCAUGCAUUCUGUCUAUCCAUGGCUAUAUAUGUACGUCUACGAUGAAGGUUUACUCAUCCAACAUCUCGAGAUAAGUCUUGGUCUACCUAGGUAGAUGUCUCUAGCAGUCAGCAAAUCUGACAGUUAGGACACCGUGAGGGCCGUAGCUGUAGGCAUUCGGUACACAAAUGAUGCAAUAAAAAAGUUUGAAAACCUAAAAAUUCGGUGAGCUAGUUUCAAUCAGUCAGAAAUGCUUCAUUG